ACUUACAAUAAUUGUAUAUGUUGUUGAAUUUUUUUGCCCCUCCCAUAUUCCAACCCAUCCACGCAACUGGGCUAUCUGCAUUCUGAUGAUUUUAUAUAAUGUUGCAGUUUUUAAAAAGCUUGAUAUGGUACUUAAGAGUGCGACAACAAAACUAAGUAGCAGAAAGUUUGGCCUCAUUUACGUGGAUAUUCUAAUAUAUUUUCUAUAUUAGACAUUUAAAUUUAUAAAUUCCUUAAGAAAUGAUCGGAACUUUUUUCAUUUCUAUGCAAUUUUGAACUUAACGAUUCGUAUUUUUCCUGGGUCUGCUAGGUUUGACUUUACAGAAGAGGAAAAGUCGUCGCAAGGGACUACGCCUUCCAUUUUGACUGUACAAUACAAUGCGUGGCAUUAUAGGAAUGAAACCCAAGCAUGGGCGGGUCUCGCUGUCGAAAUCACAAAAGAACUGGAAGCAACCAUGACGGUGGCGCACAAGCUCAGGACUAGCUGGAUGUAUAAUUGGACAAACCACAAGAACAGCAUCUGUUUGAAAGUCAUCUUCCCAUUCUUUCUCGCACUACUGGUGGCCAUCUUUCUCAGUAUCAUUCUAUGGUUGGUACUUGGUACAGCCCAUAACGAAGAUAUAAAGAUACUUAAAUAUGGAGGUGUACCAGCAUCCAUGAUUGUAGCUGCCUGGGGUUUGGGAAAGUCAGUCAUGUCUUUUGUCAAACCAAUAAGUUCUCAAAUUGAGAACUAUAUAACUCUGCCAGACCAUAGCCAAAACCUUGGCUAUCAUAACAAAGUUAUUUCUGAUAUUAAAUUUUUGAUAAAACAACUCUCCUAUAGACCCUCCUGGAUGUGGAAGGUGUUUGCUUUUAUAUGGCGCUACAUUACAUUCAGUUGGGAUGAGAACUAUCUUCCAGGCACAAAGAUUCCAAAGAUGCACCCUGCUUUCGGUGACAAUCUUAAGAUAAUAGUCUUCGUCGACGAUCUCGAUCGUUGUGAGGAGAAUUUUAUUCUGCAGGUAUUAUCAGCAGUGCAUCUGGUUUUGGCUGCUUGCAAGAUCAACGUGAUUAUGAGCAUGGAAAAGAACAUAAUCCAAAGGGCAAUUAUAAGAAUGUACGGGAGCAUGAAAAGCAUCGAUAAUAAGUUCAACGAGGAGUUGGCUGACAGAUAUUUAAGGAAGAUAGUUCAGCUGCCGCUACACCUAGCGGACCCUAGUGCCAAAGAGUCUACUAACUUUUUGGACAGACAGCUAGGUAUGUGGGAUAGUAGACAAGGGUCCGAUCCAGCAGCAGAAACGGAAAAAUACAGUAGAAAAGCCAAUCCCAAGUUCCAAAUUGGAACUUCAAUUCCAGCGAAACCUCAACUAGGAAAAGGAGAAAUACAAGAAGAUUUGGUAGAAUCUGAAGCUACACAUCAAAAAACCCCCAGCAUUUCAGAUACGGCCCAACACGGAUCAGAUCAAACGAAAGAGCAAGAAACAAUUGAGAAAGCAGAAGGCUCUGCAGUUAAGGAAAGAAAGAUUGAGAUUGGCGACAUUGAGAAAGCAGAGAGGGCAUCUCUGAUCACGCAAAUAUUCAGCUAUGUUUGUGCAUUACCGUGUUUGUGCAAUGUACGAUCACACAAGGAGAUAGAUGAGACAACCAAAGGAGAUGAACAAGCUGAUAAAAAACAGCAAGAAGAUACCAAGAGUGAGCGAAGUCUUAUGGAUGAUUUAUACUUCAAAAUAAUGAGUAAAGUGCUAGCAGCUCAGUAUAGCCAAGGAGAAAGGAAUGCUUUUCGCAUUCUUUAUAAUCAAUCUGCACGCAGUAAAAAGCUUCCACGAGAGUGGAAAUGUUUGAUGGCAUACCAUCGGCUAGUAUUUUAUAUUUUGUCUCUAAGCCCCGAUGUUGACCCAGUACAUGGAUGGCGGGUUCAACUUAUUGCAUGGAUUUUCGUAUGCUGGGAAUGGAGGCAACUCAUAACAACUAUUAUACAAGUAAGAUAA